UUACUAUUUAUCCAUGCCAUUUUUUUUGUGUCUUUUCAGAGGCAUUUUCACGGUUCGAAAUGUUCUCUUCGUUUGUUAGAGGGGACCUUUCGGAUAACCAAGUUGAUUUUCUUGCCGCAGAAGGCCGAGAUUAUUUUCUCACGCACGGAAUGAUUUACAAAAACAAGAGUGGAAUUUUAGAGCACAGACCUUUUACUGUUCUUCCCACUCCAAUUCCAAGAAGACUUUUCACUGCUGCCAGAGAAGUUCAAAAGGAUUUUAACUUGCUCGUGCACAAAGCAAGCAAGGACUUCCAGUUCACGAAGGAUGCACUUCUGAGCACCAUAACAGCAGAUGUAUUCACAGCAAGAAUUUUUGCCAUUUACGAGAAAACCCAGGAGCAAGGGAUUGGUCAGCCCAUUUCGUUGGGAAUCUUUCGAUCGGAUUACAUGAUAGAACAAACAAGUGGUUCGCACAAAGAAGAAGAAGAAGAAGAAGAAGAAAACUUAAACCUUUGUAUCAAACAAGUUGAACUGAAUACUAUUUCCAUAAGCGCCAUUACUUCAUCAUGUCGUGCUUCUAGCCUACACAGUUUGUAUCUCUUCAGUGCUGUUAUCAUGUUUAUCGUUCGUCCCGAUGAAGUAAACGUAUAUGUCCAAAGGAUUCUGGAAUACAGCAUCAGAGACAAAAACAGAACUGUAAAAGUUAUCAGACGAAGUUUGACCGAAGUUUUUACCCAAAGCGAAGUACACGGCGACAAAUCUCUCUUUGUGGAUGGACUUGAGGUUGCCGUAGCCUACUUUAGAGCGGGUUACACACCCGUUGAUUACCCUAGUGAGGACGAAUGGUCAGCUCGUUUGACAAUCGAGUUGUCUCGUUGCGUUAAAUGUCCGACGGUGGCUUAUCAGUUGAUGGGAACCAAGAAGAUGCAGCAAGUAUUUGCUGAACCUGGAGUUUUAGAAAGGUUUUUGCCGAAUAGAGAAGCAGUCGACAGAGUAAGAGCAACAUUUACUGGAUUAUACACUCUUGAUCCGGUAAAUAAAUCUCUGCACUUAAUGCCAGGAAUCUUACCUGGCGUGUGA